AUGAGCAAGAGCUUGCCUCGACCGCCGCUACAAGGAACGACACCUCCUGAUCAGAUACACACUCGGCUCGAGCUCAUGGUCAAGAUGGUGUCCAUGGGGAAGACAUCCGAAUGCAUCGGUCGCCAUCGCCACGUCGUGAAACGCAUCCUUCAGAAUCGGUCAAAGCCCGUCAGAGCUUUUUGGCGAGCAGCAAAUGCCAUGUCUCUAAGCUUUCCUCUUCGCAUCGGUGCCGCACUAAUACGAACGCCAUUUACAGUAGAUAAGCAUUCGACAACAGCUUCAUCAUGGGGACACUCGCAGAUUCGCAAGGCUGUCGAUGGUUUCGACUCUACGACUUGCUCGAGUGAAGCGCCUGCGUUCGCCUUUCACGACCUGGAACCAUCGCUGCCGGAAGACGGGAGCGCUGAGCUAUCCAUCGUCAAUGUUCACGAUAGCGACAUCUCGGGAUACGACGGCCAACACGGCGCAGAUCCCUCGAUAGAGCCGCAUCAGGAUGCAGCUACAUGA